UUUAGGGACGCUGAGGGACAGAGAAAGGAGGGAAGCGGACAUAGUGGAGAGGGAAGCAGAAACGGAGGGUGAAAUUUGGAUCCCAGUUUUUUUUAAUAAUAACUCAAUUUUGCCUCACCAGUAUAUAGGCAAGGCAUACCAGUGCCAAAGGAAUCCCUUCAGUCCGUGUACAUGUUUGUUGGUUUGGAGAACAACCCCCCCUCUCUCUCUCUCAUUCUAUCUCUCUCUCUCUUUCUAUCUCUAUCUUGCUAGACAUAUUGGGUUUGUGUUGCACAUGGCUGCACUUCAAAUGAAGUUUAGGACGAGAUAUUAAAGAAUUCAACGGGGAGGAACCAAUGCACAUGCCAGACCAAUCUGCCUUUAUUUCAAUACUUGACUUUAUCAAACUCAUAUCUCAUCCCUCUAUCAUCUCUUGUCUACUGGUAAACCGCUGUUGCUUUCAAAAUACUGUCACUUGGGAUCCACCUUGCCACACUGGUUGCACCAGUUCCUUGAGCUCUUACUGGAAGGACACUUUGAAUCAUGGAAGCUUGGUUCAACUGAACUGCUUGAUCCAAACCUUUGAACUGCAGGGUGUCCCAUGAAAUCUUUUGACUGAAUGAAUCUCAGGGAUUGUGUAAAUGGACGUCGUAGCUUGCUAACAGAUGUCACAACUUCUUCACUGCUGUGUUGGUUUGAUCAAUGUUGUACUCUGUGAUCCUAUGUCUGAUGGUGGUACCCUUCCUGAAUUCAUUAAGUCAGUCGCUUUAUUGACCUUUGACAUUCUACCCUCAUACACGUAUAUCGGUCAAUCUAACUUCGCAAACAUAUUGCAAAAGCAUAUCUUGAUAUUAUUAGUUGGAACCCCUUGAAUACAUUUACAUUCUUCGGAUCUUUCUACACGAGAGAGAAGAGCAUUAUUGAUUAAAACAGGACAGAUAAUAGCACUCCACAAGAUUAUUGACCACCUCCAGCCACAAGAUCUGCCAGAAUUUGUAAACAGUGGACCUCUAGAGUCUGUCAGGAGCUAGAAUUCUCCCCUGAUCCAACCAAGAUGUACCAGCUAAGCAUUGUGGGCGAUGCGCAAGCAUCAACGAGUCAACCCCAGCCUUCCGAAGUGGUCGGCCAAGCAGUAGCAGUAGCAGCCGGCAAGCCUGGUGAAACACCCAAAAGGCUUCAUGUUUCAAAUAUCCCAUUCAGAUUUAGGGAUCCAGACCUCAGGCAAUUAUUUGGGGCCUUUGGCACCAUAUUAGAUGUUGAAAUCAUUUUCAAUGAACGGGGAAGCAAGGGUUUCGGUUUUGUUACGUUUCAAAGUAGUUCGGACGCCGACAGGGCACGCGAGAAAUUGAACGGCACUAUUGUUGAGGGGCGAAAAAUUGAGGUUAACAAUGCCACAGCUCGGGUCAUGACUAACAAAGUCAAAACAUCUACUGCCAACGGUGAGUAUCCAGCAGGUCUAGAACUCCUGACUACCAGUGCACUAAGGUCGCAGGUCAUAGGCAGGGGGCGUGCCGCAAGAGGGGCAUACGCAGCAUACCGUAUAGCAGCCCCACCUCCGGUACCAGGCUACGCAACCGCCGCCGCAGCCCUCUACCCUGCCGAACCAGCGGCUGCUGCCCUAUACCCAGCCGACAGGUACCCGACCGCCGCCGCAACGGCCGCUACAUACGGAGGCUACAUCAGCCGCUACGCCACGCCGACAGCCUACGCGAUCCCCUACGGUAGGGAAUACGCAGCGGAUCCUUACCACCAUGCCAUAGGACCUGCCACAGCAUACGGAGUAAGAUAUCCCUCUCUUACCAGGGCCAGUCUGUAUAGGGGUGCAUACGCAAGGUACACGCCUUAUUAAGAUCAGCCAACCAACGGUAUUCUUUAAUGCAGACGGUCAUCGCAUUAUCUCAGAACGAUGUUAACUGCAUACUGAACAUUUUGAUUCAAGAAAACAAGAACAAAGAGAGAGCAAAAAGUGGAAUAUCAUGUAUUGAGCUCCGGAGAAUCCAAAGGGAAAUUUGGAGAUGUAUCCUAUGGUUUAUAUGGAGUGUACCAAGGUAGAUGACCAUUUGAUGGGCACAAUGACAUCAGAGAUCAUUACGGAAUGAUUCUUGCCUUUCCUAGAGGGUUAGCGAUAUGAGGAGCCCAACUCAGUCUCAACUACGGUCAUCUCCACCGGCUCAAACGUUUGGAAGAAAUCAAACGGCUUUUAACGCUCAUCCUAUCCGGAAAAUAUAAUGAUAGGAUUAUAUUUCAACUUGAUAACUACUUCCAAUUUGUUCUGACUUUAUUUUUCAUUUUGUAUUGUAUGUCUACAAUGUAUGAUACCUCUACAAUCUUGUCUUUUUUUCUUCGGGAGAUUGUAGAAGACAACUCUAUUCAGAUUUAAAGCUUUUAUUGAUGAUUGGUUAUACCAAAAUGUAUUUGGUAAUGUACUGAAAUUUGUUAAUGACCAUUGCAGGUCAAGUCUUGAAUACUUUGUCUUGCAAUGGGGGGGGGGGUGUAAAUUCUACUUCUUGAACAUUUUUUUGCUCAUUCUCUCUCCCUCUCUUUAAUUCAUUUCAAUUCAUGUGUGCUAAAGAGGGAUUGGAUGUCUCAUGACGUUAAAAGAUCCCUCAAUAUUUCUGCCAAAAGUAUCAAGUAGAUUUUCAUGGGUAUGAAAUCAUUUUUUGCAAUGAUGCUAUCGAGCAAUAAUUGCUCCCAUGAAAGAUUUCCUAAUCGUGCACUAAAGCAAUUGUCUCCUUUCAGUUGUGGAAAGGCUUUUUAUUCACAAAGUAGAACAAAAGUUACCAAAACAUCAAUGUGCAUGAUAUGAAGUGCAAAAAAUAUAUAUAUAUAUAUUUGGGGUCUCCCUUUAAUUUGCGUGCAGAAUUAUCAAUGCUUGCAUGCAAGUGAUACCACCUAUUGGCCACAAAACACUUUUUGAAAUAUUAUCAGUUAAGAUCACAAUUGAGCUGUAAUUGCUGUAAAGUAAUGUUGUUAACAGUCCUACAUAUAAAUGUUAAACACAACGCUGAACCAUAAAAACAGAUGCAUACUAAAAAGGUAUCUAUGAAAAUGGCUUGAAUGCAAUAGAAUUCCCAAUCAGAUAUGACAUCACAAUGCCUGCUGUGCAUUAUUUGUUGUGCUGGAGCAAAAAAAAAAAGAAAUGGAAAAGAUACACUGUUGAUGAGAAAUUGCAAUUAAUGAGUGCUCUCUUGCAGAACACAAAUAUGAGUUAUGAUGAAUGUUUUUGCUUUCAAAAUUAGCAUGAACAUAGCCAACCAGUCAGUCAGCCCAGAUAGAGAUGUAAAUCAGUUCAUUCACGACAUCCCAUGCUUCCUACAUAAAAACUGUAAUUGUUGGAUGCUCCAAUCUUCCUUGAAAUUGCAUGUCAUAUAGUUUGGUUUUCAAACAGAAAUUUUGCUUAAAGCUAGUUAGUUUACUAAUAAGCCUUCCAUACAAUUCUGUGUGAAUAGGCCCAUAGCCGGCAUAACAUUGAAAAGGGGAACGCUAGUAAUGGUAUUGAUAUCCAUGAUGCAUCUGAAAUGGAAUGUUCCAUUAUUCAUAGGUGGGUUAACUGACAGACGGAGAUGGAUAAGAUUUGAAAGAAAAAGAAGGCCCCUUGAUGAUUUUCAUGCUAUGAAUUAAGAGAAGGGAGAAACAUAUGGUGCUACCAAAUUAACGUGGUUGUGUGUUGGAUAUCACCUAGUGUUUUGGUGAUCUCUAGCUACUAGAAGGAAACUGUAUAUUUAUCUGUAGUUGUUAGAUAUCAUUAGACAUUGUUUCAUAGAUUGGGAGAUUUUAAAUAUGAUUGCUCUUAAACCUUGCCUCAGAAAUACAGGGGAGUCAUUUCUGUGUUUUCAGGAUUAGUAAUUAUCUUAUGUUCAAAACUUUUUCAGUAUUUUGAUCUUUUUAUGUUAAACUGUUUUUGUGUUUGUGUUUUUACAACCGGUUCUGUUUCGGUGCCCAAAUGUUGAUUGACAUCGUUGCUGAAGGUUUGGUUUCUGUCUUAAUUUAUCUUGGCACUAGAUUGAAAAUGUACAGAGUUAUGUAGUUAGAUUGAAAUUCAUUACCUUAGCUUUUUUAAAUGAUUUAUAAUGGUGAUCAAGGAUAAAUCAGAUAUUGUUGAUAACAAGUAUUUGAGAUGGAACAAAGAAACUUUGGGAAAUAUAGUGAGAGAGUUUAAAUGAAUGUGUGCGUGUGAGAG